AUGAAUAAUAGCAAUAACAGUAAAUUUGAUGAUAUUAUUGAAUUUCUUGACCGUACCAUUGCAUCAUUUCGUGGAUCACUAAAUAAUUUUAGGGAAAAUUCCAAAGAAACUGAACUAACUGCCAGCAAGAAAAGCACUAAGGAUAAAAAAAAUCGUAAGAAUCGCACGCCACCAGGAGCAACAACCAGUCCACGCCAUAGUCUACGCUAUUCAGCUUUGAACAGUCUUGAAAGUGAUCAACAUUCUCCUAAGAAAUUUCACACGAUGUUGCAUAUUAUGAAGCCUGACGAAUUAACUGGUGUUAAAAAAGGCAAUAUUACAUUCGGCCUAAAUACAACACACAAACAUAAUAAUACAAGCCAUGAAGACAACAAAAUCAGCUCAAGUAAUACUACUCUUGGUGCUUUGCCUAAAUUUGAUUACCCAGAAAAAAUUGAAAUUCUACCUUCAAGUCACGCAAAUAUACCUAGCAUCACGUUAACAACCGUUUCAUUGCCUCAUGUCCAUCAAACUGCUAACCAUAUUUCGACAUGUCCACCACCACGUAAAGUGAAAAUGGUAAAUGAAAAAUUGCCAAUUAGUUGCCUGCGCGAUCGAUCAUCAUCUCAUCACCAUGAUCGCAAUAAAUCGGUCCAUUACGUCAACGGCAGCAGCUUGGUCGCUAGCAAGAUUAAAUCAGCUUAUAACAAAGUUAGCAAUAAAGGCCACAAACGAGACCAACAUCGGAAGUCGACCAUAUUGCCAACCAUUAACGAGCAACCCUUAGAUAAAAAAGAUCCACCUUAUCAUUGCAGUACUCAUUUUGCUGAGCAACGGUCAAUGCCAGUCGAUCUACAUAUCAGUUUUGGUGAUUCUGUUCCAGUAAAGAAAAGUAAUAAUGUAGCACCCUAUACUAAUCAUUUAGAAGAAAUCUCAUCCAUUCUGUAA